CUCUGCAGCUGGCUGGCUCCGAUCUCUGCUUGAUGGUCUUAUCCAUGCCACAUUUCGGACGAUGUGACUUCAAGAGCCUCCCGUGGUACAACAGGAAUCUCUAUAACCACGUGCUGUCAGGCUCUGCGGCCACAGAGCGGCCGGCUUACGAUAUCUCCAUUAAAGUACACCGUUCGGAAACCAAAGACACAGGCAAUGUCCCAAGACUCGAAACACCUGAAAGUGCUGCAAAAAUGCAGAAAGUGUCAACCAUGAGACAAAUAUUCGAUUUGGCGAAACUUAGAACGAAAAGAUCGGCACUGGUCCCAGCUGAGGUGAAUGUCUGCCCACAGGAGUCCCUGAAACAGCUUUUAGCAAGUGUUCAAGCUUUCUACAGAUGGAGAGUGUGCCAGGAAGCAGCACGGGAAGCAUACCGGACCUUUCUGGUUUGCAUCCCUGACACAGGGAAAUACCAGGACUGGGUCAGCACCUGCCAGCAGGAGACCUUCGGCCUCUUUGACAUUGGGAGAAACUUUAGCAGCUCGCAGGAGCACCUGGAUCUUCGUCAGCAGAGAAUAAAACAGAGAAGCUUCCCUGAGAAAAAAAUGAAUGGAGCUGGAGGCCACCGUGCUGAGCAAAUUGUUACCAAAGUCUCACUUGGGUUCUUCCCUCUCUCUCCCGAUGACACACACACCCACGAAACCCUCAAUGGCCCCUUGAAGGAUACCAAGAAGCCUACAACGUUAGGAAAGGCGGAGUCGCUCCAGCUCUUCACAGGUCUUCUCCGAUACUCUCAGCUACCAGGGAGAACAGUAGACUGGGCGCUUGGAGGGCACUCAGGGCUGCACUCCUGUUGUGAGGAAAUCGGAGAUUGCUCUGCUCGCAUUGCCCUGAGGAUGGCGGGGGAACAGGACAGAGAAACAGACUUCACCGCGGUUGCCCAGAGCCCACAGGAGCAGGAGGUGGAGCUCACCAUCUCCCUGCCAAACCAGAGGUUCGAGGCAGACCUCAGGUCUUCCUCUUUCCAGGGCCUGGCUGGAAAGUCAUGGCUGCAGAUACAAAAAGUAUUUAAGAAACUUCCAGGAUUCAAAGAACUCCGUGUGUUAGGAUUUAGACCAAGGAAAGAAAGAGAUGGAUCCAGAUCCACAGAGAUGAGACUUGUGGUCUUUAAGAGAGAUGAUGCAGAAGCAAAAAGCCCCACAAGUUACCUCCUAGCUCUUGAUUCCAACAAAACUGAAAGUGAAGUUGUCCAUCGGUGAACAAUGCAGGAAGGCAAGCAACCAGAAUUCGCUCUUACAGCUACGGACUUCAGAAAGCUGAUCAAAAGAAUUCUAGAGGAAGAACAGACUUUGGAUGUGGGGACCGUUCGAUUCCCUGAUGGGUAUCUUGUGGUCUGGGGCGUGGGAGACCACUUCGCCGUGGUCCUGGGUCUGGAGAAGGGGCCCACGCCUCGCCGAGCUGGGCAGGCUCUGCACCCCGGAGCUGGGGUGCGCCGAAGCUGCCGCGGGGACUGGCAGCACCGCUGCGCAGGGACGAGAGACCAGCGUGCAGGACGUAUAUUAUCAUCUACUGUCAUCUCUGCUGAGAAAGCCUACCAUGAACAGCUUACUGUAGCAGAGAUCACCAAUGCCUGCUUUGAGCCAGCCAACCAUAUGGUGAAAUUUGACCCUCACCAUGGUAAAUACAUGACUUACUGCCUGUUGUACCAUGGUGAUGUGGUCCCCAAAGAUAUCAUUGCUACCAUCACCACCAUCAAGACCAAGCACAGCAUCCAAUUUGUGGACUGGUGUCCCACUGGCUUCAAGGUCGGCAUUAAUUACCAGCCUCCCACCAUGGUACCUGGUGGAGACCUGGCCAAUGUGCAACAGGCUUUGUGCAUGCCAAGCAACACCACAGCCAUUGCUGAGGCCUGGGCCCACCUGGACCACAAGUUUGAUCUGAUGUAUGCCAAGCACACCUUUGCUCACUGGUACGUGGGUGAGGGAAUGGAAGAAGGAGAGUUUUCUGAGGCCCGGGAGGACAUGGCUGCCCUAGAGAAGGAUUACAAGGAGGGGCACAGAGAGCCCAUCACAGGUGCCCACACCCAGGUGCAUUUCCUAGGGCAAGGUGUCAACACAAACCACGAUAACACCACACCUUUAAACCUACUCAUCCCAGAUCCUUUCGUGGAAUUGGUCAUAGGCGCUUCCCCCACCAGCCGUUCUCGGAUUCCGCCGACAGAGGUCUCUCCUUUCCUAUCACAAACUCUACUACUCUCUACCACAUCAAGGGUCUUCUCUCUCACUGGUCAGAGCACCACGGACAUAAUGUCUGUUGACCAAACAGUAGCAGUCCAAGAGGCCACCAUCCCCGCUCGUGAUUCUUCUGCCACUGGUGAGUUGGCUCUGGAAAGCUCACAUUCGCCCGUAUCUUCGGGGGAUGGCAGAUUGAGAACAGAUGGCCAGGAUACGAUCAGCGACCUCGAUAGAAUGGCUGCGUCUAACGCUCCUUCCUUGUUGGAAGAACGGACCCCAGAUCAUUUCUCAGAGAGAGCCACGCCUGUCCCAGCUCUGCAGGACAUCACCACUAGCUCUAUGACCAAUGCCACCAAGAGCUGAGAGCUGGUGGUGUUCUUCAGUCUGCGUGUUGCUAACGUGCCCUUCUCCAACGACCUGUUCGACAAGAGCUCUCAGGAGUACCGAGCUCUAGAGCAACAAUGCACACAGCUGCUGGUUCCGUAUCUAUGAUCCACUCUCACAGGUUUUAAGCAACUUGAAAUACACUUCAGAAACGCGAGUGUGAUUGUAAACAGCAAGAUGAGGGUCGUUGAAUCCGUGCCCUACAACCUCGUGGAGGCUGUGCACGGCGUCUUGGACAAUCUCUGUUCCACGGCGCCCCAAAAGCUGGAUCUGGAAAUAGACAGCUUCUCUCUGAACAUCAAACCAGGUGACCCCACAGAUCUCUGUGGAUCCCUGGCUUGUGGUGAAUUUGCCCAGUGCAUGAAGAAUGAGGAGACUGAGGAUGCUGAAUGUCGCUGCAGGCCCAGGUUCCAACACCCAGGUAGUGUGCAGGGCCGGGACUCAAGCCUCUGUGCCCCUGGAGAGGGGUGCGGGGCUGUCCAGGGAAAAAGAGCUCCAUGCAGGUCAACAGAUCACUCUAAAACACAAGUACGUGAAACACAUGAUAAAAACUUCCAAAAUCUGCAAACUAAGAUAGCCAAGAAAAGAAAUUCUGAAUUACUGACUGCAGGAUUUGAAGAAUUAAACCAUCAAAAUUGGGAAGGAAAUUAACCACCAGAAAUGUACAAAUUACCACUUACGCUAUCUCAAGACAGAUGAUUUGCUUUCCCAAGGAAAACUGUAUC